UCUGGGAGCCGCUUGGUGAAGCGGCCAUUGUGUGUGUGAGGGAAUCGAGCCGGGGGGCCCCCGCCGGCUUGUAAACGGUGGAUGAAGGCACAAUCAGAAAAUUAAUAAAAGACCUCUGGUUUUUUUUUGUUUUAUUUCCUCUUUCUUUUUUUAAAAAAAACGUUAAGAUUACACCGACACAAAUGUCAGAUUUUGACGAAUUCGAAAAACAGUUGCAUGAGAACCGGCAAGAACGGGAAAAGGAACGGCACAAGAAGAAAAGUCGAAGCGUUUCCAGAAGCAGAAGCCGGGAUAAAAAACGGAGAAGUCGAAGCAGAGACAAGCGCAGCCGAAGUCGAGGAGGGCGAAGCAGAAGCAGGGAUAAGCGAAGCACUUCACGAGAACGGAAGCGUCACAGUCGGUCUCCCCGUCGUUCUCGCAGAAAGAAGCCUUACAGAUACUGGGAUGUGCCUCCUCCAGGCUUUGAGCACAUUACCCCAAUGCAGUACAAGGCAAUGCAAGCUGCGGGUCAGAUCCCUGCUACAGCACUGUUGGCGACCUCCACAGUAGGUGGUGUGACGAUCACACCAACACAAGUUCCUAUCAUUGGCAGCCAAAUGACCAGGCAGGCCAGACGACUGUAUGUUGGCAACAUACCUUUUGGUGUCACAGAGGAAGCUAUGGCAGACUUCUUUAACGCUCAGAUGCGCCUUGCUGGGUUGUCGCAGGCACCAGGAAACCCUGUAUUGGCUGUGCAGAUCAACCAAGAUAAAAACUUUGCUUUUCUCGAGUUCCGUUCAGUGGAUGAAACUACACAAGCCAUGGCGUUCGAUGGCAUCAUCUUCCAGGGUCAAUCUUUGAAGAUCCGACGUCCCCACGAUUACCAACCUCUGCCAGGCAUGUCUGAGCAACCUUCUUUCCAUGUUCCAGGUGUUGUCUCCACAGUGGUUCCGGAUUCUCCACACAAGCUUUUCAUUGGCGGUUUGCCCAAUUACCUCAAUGAUGAUCAGGUAAAAGAACUUCUGACUUCAUUUGGCCCUCUGAAAGCUUUUAACCUAGUAAAGGACAGUGCGACAUCUCUAUCCAAAGGUUAUGCCUUCUGUGAAUAUGUGGAUGUCAAUGUUACUGAUCAGUUGGCUAUUGCAGGGCUGAAUGGAAUGCAGCUUGGAGAUAAGAAGCUUAUAGUGCAGAGGGCCAGCGUUGGUGCAAAGAAUGCCAAUCCGAGUGCCAUUAUCCAAACACCAGUGACUGUGCAGGUACCGGGCCUUCCGUCAAUGCAAGCUCAGAGCACGGGGCUGCCCACUGACGUAUUGUGCCUGUUAAACAUGGUGUCACCAGAUGAACUUAUCGAUGAUGAGGAGUAUGAGGAAAUCCUGGAGGACAUUAGAGAAGAGUGUAGCAAAUAUGGGACUGUGAAAUCCAUUGAAAUCCCACGACCACUGGAUGGGCUAGAAGUGCCUGGCUGCGGCAAGAUAUUUGUAGAAUUCAUCUCUCCUCUAGACUGCCAAAAAGCAAUGCAAGCACUAACAGGCCGAAAGUUUGCCAACAGAGUUGUAGUUACCAAGUACUAUGACCCAGAAUUGUACCACAGACGUGACUUCUAACAACACAUCCCAGGCGGGGCCAACAUGCUGCCUGCAUUUCUGACUAAAAAGCUUUGUUUAUAGCUACUAGAUUUGUAUAAAACGGCACAGGUUUGGAUAGGUUUGUAGUAGUCAAAUUCAGUUUAUUUUUAGCACGGAUGUCUUGGUGUUGUAAGUGAUCUGAUUGAUCUGGGUAAAGAUCCAUGUUGCAGGAGAUGUAAUAGCAAGAGACUUGUAAAUGGAAUUGUAUCUUUUAUAUAGUGUUGGGCAAAAUUUUUUUCAGCUUAACAGAGCAAAGUUGUGUACGGGCUGUUUCUGCCAGUCUGGUGAAACAGGUAUGAGCACUAUACCUGAUUUCAUCUAAUAAACUUUGAAGUGGAAAAAUCGAUUUUACUGGUUAUACAUCAUACAAGUUAGUUGCAAGCGUCUGGACCAGUAACAACUGCUUCCUCCUUGGGCUUUGUGUUUUGGCUCUUUGUUGUUUUUGUCCUGGCUAAGCAAGCGAUUUUGAUUGAAAUGUUCGAUCUGACAGUCGUACUACUUCUCAAAGUGCUGGGCAGCAAAUGAUCUAGCUUCUUCAAUUCUGGAGCGACUGUAAAGACAUUAUUUAUUAAUUAUUAUUACAGGACCAGCUCUAAAAUUCUUUUGUAUUAUAGCGAAGUGGAGGCAACUUCUAUUUCAAAAACAAAAUUGCAGUUUCAGAAAUAUAACCAUACACCAACUGCAUUUCCUUUGUGCAUUGUGUGUAUAUCUGUAAACUACUUUUAUACAAAGGAUUGGUUCACAGCUUCACAACACAUAAUGUGAGGGAGAAUUCUCUUACCUUUGGUUUAUAAAUGUGAGCAAUAGAUUGAAGUCGAAAUAUAAUUCAAUACAUUUGCAGACUAGAAAAGUAUCCAGACAGCUAUGUACAAAAUGCUUAUUUGUAUCUUUGUAGAUAUAACUUAGUAAGAAAAUCUACAUCCUUCUCCAACAGCAGCAAUAGGAGAAAUGUUUCUUCAACACCAUCUGGAGAUGAAUAUUUCCACGGCCACAGACCACAGUACUGUAUUGGAUGUUAAUUUGGAAGUGUUUGGUUCCUGCCCUUCUAAUUAAGUGGUUCUCACUGUGGUGAGAAGACCGUCUGAAUUUGUAAUUUUUUCCACUUACAUUUAUAGGUAUAUGGCCAAUCUGCCACUGGCAACUGAUCAAUUAUUUGCAUCAUCCCCCUAAUAACAGCAGUGUAAAUACCAGAUAAUACAGAAUUAAACUAAUAAAACCAAAGAACAUUUAUUCUCACAAGAUUAGAUUGUAUUUUACAAUCCAUAGUGCCUGUGGAGGGAUUUGAAUUUUACAAUGAAAAUUACAACAAAGAAAACAGUCUUUAAACCCAACCAGUCUAUGAUGGCGUUUCUCUUCCAACACAACCAAUAGUCCCUAUCCCUUUAUCUCUCUCUCAGACGACAAUCUUAACAAGUGGGCAAAUUUUUCUGUAUUUGCUACCUGGACAAUAUGCAAAUUUUAAAAAUCAGGUUAUGUUAACUGGCAUAGAAUCCUUCCACUUGAUUUUGCUUUUUACACUAGAAUUGAUUGGUGUAUAGCACCUAAGUGGUAAAUGUAAAAAUCUAUCCUAUGGUUUCUGCUUUCAGUCAGUCAUUCCAGGAAUAGAUUUCAUUUGUCUUUUUUAAAAAAAUCAUUCCCUUGUUCUAAAUCCUUCAAUUGCUUAAGCACUGUUUCUGUCUCAUCCCUUAAUUUUAAACACCUAUCACCUAUCAAAUCACACCGUAAUCUCCUAUUUUUGUAAGUCUUUUCUGUUUGUAUUUUCUCAUACCAGGCACUUCAUUGCCUCAAUACCUUUAUAAUCGUUUGGAUUGGGACCUGGAUUCAUCACUCCCAACAGUGAUCUUAGAGGAUUUUAUACAGAUUCACCAAUACAUCUCAAGUUUUAUAUUCGACAUCUCUUGCCAUAAAACACUAUUAUUGCAAAUUUUUAAUGGCCUUAUCCACAAGCAGCUUUUAAUAAAGUAUUCUGGCCAAUAUUUAUCCCUCAAUCAACAUCACAAAAAACAGAUUAUCUGGUCAUUAUCAAUUGCUGUUUGUGGGAGCUUGCUGUGCACAAAUUAGCUGCCACAUUUCCUGCAUUACAACAAUGACUACACUUCACAAAAAGGUAUUUCAUUGGCUGUAAAGCACAUUGAAACAUCUGAUGACAAUGAAAUGUGCUAAAUAAAUGCAAGUCUUUUUGCUUUCUUUAAUACCUAGGGAAACUUACCCCUAAAUCCUUCUCUUCCACAUCAACCAACUUUCCACCAUUCAAAGUAUUAACUUUUUUAACCAAAAUGCAUUUUAACUUGUGAAUAUGAUUAUUAGAAGACAAGACAUGGGGCACUGUGGCAUAAAAAGGGAAGUUAGACAGUUAAAAUCUGAGAGCAGGUGAACAUCACUGUCUUGAACGUGACACUAAUUUGGCUGAAAUCUGCACUAGAAGUUCACAAGAGGAAAGUAAAAUUGGGCUAGGGAUUGGCUGCUGACACUGAUUUUGUAAAGUGGGAGAUUGAAGUUGCCCAGCAGAAGAACAGCAUAUAAAUGAACUAAUUUUGCUGAAUUGUGGGUGCAGAAGAUAAUGUUAGAGUUUCAGAAACUGGAAAAUCCCUUCUUUGAGCCUUUGAAUUGUUACACACUUUUUCUCUCUCCUUCCUGCAAACAUCCAGGCAAAAUGAACGAAUGUUCAUAUUGAUUUAUUAAAUGCAAUUUAAGGUUACUGCCAUGUCGUGACCAACAAGUUCCCCUUUUUAACUGGUUAUUUGUAUUUUUUUUACACUAAUUACAUUUUAAGUAGAAUCUUUCUCCAGUUUUCCCACAGACAGUAUAACACAGCCUGCCUAGCCUCUGGUGCAGAUAACCAAGCAAAAUUUUGUUUGGUGGCAUCUCAAAGACUACAAUUCCAACUGCAGACUUUCCGAAAGCAUCUGGCUAACCUUUUCAGGGGAAAAGAGAGAAAUCCUCUUCCCCAGAAAGUUUGGGAGGAGGAGAGAGGGUCAGAUCCCCUUAUAGGAUUGUAAAGAUUCUUUUGGAGGGUGGAGUGGAGUUCAGCAAGAAAUGGGGAGCAAGUCCGCAUUGUCUUGGACGACGGUGUUUGUUUGAGUUACCAGCAUCGACAUAAUUAGUGGUGCACAAGGUAAAUGAGGUACUUUGAUAAAGCACAGUCCAAAAUAGCUUUAAAAACCAUACUUUAUGCUGUAAUGUACUACAAAGUCCAGGUUCUGUUGGUUAAUUUGGUGACCUUGUGCAGUGCCUUUCAAAUGAGCUCAUUUGUUUUCCAUGGAACACUAUGCACUGUUUUGUUUUACUGUGUAAAUAUAGAUUGUAAUUAUAAAGAUACAACAUGAUCUGUGGCACAUCAAGGUAAGUGAAAUUACUUGUGGCAUAUUCAACAAUUUUUAUACUGAAUCAGAAUAUAAACUAAUGGUAACAAAGCCACAGAAUGUGGUUUUCAAUCUCUUUGCUUGACUCCCUAUAAGCUUGCAGUAUUUUGAGUGCUUUUGUGUUUCCACUGUUCCAAGGCAUUUUUACAGACCAAUUUCCAUCUAGAUUGUCAUUGAUGUGAGUUAACUGUUUGCAUUUGUGAAUUGUCUAUUUUUUUUAAAUCAUCUCUCUCCCAAACUCUCGCUGUUGAAUUGCAUAUCUGACAGAAUUAGUGGUAAUGCUGCUGUUGGACCAAGUUCCAGAAGGUAAUUGAAUAGCUGCUGGCCUUCCCCUGUAUUGUCUCUGGUUGGCACCUUCACCAGCACUAUAACUGUCAGGAAGGUACUUUGUACCAUUCUGGUGGUGCAUGUAUGCACCAUUACAAUCUCCCUUGGGAUGUUGUUAGGAAAAGUUAAUGCUCGUGACCAGUGUAAAAACGAAAACUUUUUUGUUAAAUUUGUAUAUAAUUAAAACCAUGUUUGGAUGA